AUGGCCGUGGCCUUGGUUGACCGCCUCGUCGAGCCUUGGGCCGUCGUCCCUCUCGCCCUCGCCUUGGUGCUUGCGUCCUACUUGUACGACUACCUGGUCACGAAUGCGCCGCUGCGAAGAAUCCCCGCCCCGUUUGGCGCCCAGUUCUCCAACCUCUGGCUCCUGUGUGUGUGCCGUCGCGGCCAUCGCUUCAGGACGGUCGACCGGUGCCACGCCAAGCUGGGCAAGCUGCUUCGCAUCCAACCAAACCACGUCAGCGUCGCAGACGAUGACGCCAUCCCUGCCAUCUACGGCCACGGCAACGGCUUUUUGAAAUCCGACUUCUAUGAUGCCUUUGUGUCCAUCCGCCGCGGCCUCUUCAGCACCAGGGACCGGGUAGAGCACAGCCGCAAGAGAAAGAUAAUAUCGCACACCUUCUCCGGCAGAUCCGUCCUCGAGUUCGAGCCCUACAUCCAGCAGAACAUGGCCCUGUUCGUCCAGCAGCUCGACAGGCUCAUCCAGCAAAGCCCUCACCGAACCGGCGCCGGGCAGAACGAGGCGCGCAUCGACAUCCUGCCCUGGUUCAACUUUCUCGCCUUCGACGUGAUUGGCGACCUGGCCUUUGGAGCGCCCUUUGGCAUGCUGGAAAAGGGCGCCGACACUGCCGAGGUUCGCCUGUCCCCGACCAGCCCGGCCGUGUACGCGCCCGCGAUUGAGAUCCUCAACCGCAGAGGCGAGGUCAGCGCCACCCUCGGCUGCUACCCGCGGCUGAGACCCUACGCCAGAUGGAUCCCCGACGCCUUCUUCAGCAAGGGCCUCGAGGCUGUCGAGAGUCUCGCCGGGAUAGCCAUCGCGCGUGUCAAGACUCGGCUGGAAACCCCCCCGGACUUGCGGCGCAAGGAUCUGCUCGCUCGGCUUAUCCAGGGGAAGGACGACAAGGGCCAGCCGCUCGGCCGCGACGAGUUGACCGCCGAGGCCCUGACCCAGCUCAUUGCCGGGAGCGACACCACGUCCAACUCCCUGUGCGCCAUCCUCAACUACCUCGUGCGCAACCCCGGGGCUCUCGACAAGUUGCGGCGCGAGGUGGACGCCGCCAUCCCGCCGGGCGUCGACGUGCCGACCUAUGACAUGGUUCGCCGCCUGGACUACCUCUCCUGGGUCAUUGACGAGACGCUGCGCCUCCACUGCACCUCGGGCAUCGGCUUGCCUCGCCAGGUGCCCCCCGACUCUCCGGGCGUCACGAUAUGCGGGCAUCACUUCCCGCCGGGCACUGUCCUCAGCGUCCCCACCUACACGAUACAUCACUCGAGGGAGAUUUGGGGGCAGGAUGCCGAGGAAUUCAAGCCCGAGAGAUGGCGCCACGUCACCGCGCGUCAAAAGAAUGCCUUUAUCCCCUUCAGUCACGGUCCGAGGGCCUGCGUGGGACGUAACGUGGCCGACAUGGAAUUGAAGUUGAUGACCGCUCUUUGGGCGAGGCGAUACCACGUGACGCUUCGCCAAGGCGAGAUGAAGACCCGGGAAGGGUUCUUGAGAAAGCCUUUGGGGCUACAAGUCGGUCUUUGCCGGAGAUGA